AGUGGCCAGUAGGCGCGUGACUGCGACCGCGUGCUGUGCUGUGCCGCGAGCCGAGCCGAGCCGAGCCGAGCCGAGCCGACCCGUGUCGACGGCGUGUGUGGCGGCGAGGGAGCGCGCGCCCGGUGCGACAGCGAGGACAGGACAGGACAGCCCAGGCGCCGACCAUGAGCCGCGAUGUCGCGAGCGACUGCGCGCCGCUGUAGAGAGACACUACACGUGUGUACCGCGUAAAGAGAGAGCAGCACCCUCUCCCCUGACUCACUCACUCUCUCUCCGGCUCUCGACUGUUUGUGGUGUUCCUUCUUCGAUCCCUGAGCGACGCCUUUCUCCGCCUCUCGCCUCACAAUGGAUGUCGGCGGCUGUAGGAAACUACUACUACUGAUACUGAGCCUUCUCUUCUGCCAAGGGACAUGGGGCCUGCAGCUGGUGGAGGUGAGGAUCCCGAUGCACACGGUGCUGCACCAGAACGCGCGCCUCGAGUGCCACUACGACCUGGAGGGCGAGUCGCUCUACUCGGUCAAGUGGUACAAGGACGGCCGCGAGUUCUACCGCUUCGUGCCCAGGGACACGCCGCCGGCGCAGAUCUUCCAGCUGCCCGGAGUCGUCGUCGACAUGAACAACUCGACGGCGAGCCAGGUGGAGCUGAAGGACGUGACGCUGAGCAGCUCCGGCCGCUACCGCUGCGAGGUCUCCGGGGAGGCGCCCUCCUUCCAGACCGUCUCCGAGCACGGCGACAUGACCGUGGUCGCCCUGCCAGACGAGGGUCCCCGGAUCACGGGCGGCCGACCCCGCUACCAGGUGGGCGACACUGUCAGGGUCAACUGCACCUCGGGCAGGUCCAAGCCGGCCGCGCAGCUCGCCUGGUUCAUCAACGGGGAGCAGGCUGACCAAAGUUUGCUGAAAGGUCCAGACAUAAUUGUCUCGCCUCUGGACGAUCUGGAGACGUCCAUCCUCGGCCUGGAGUUCAAGGUGCGGCCGCGCCACUUCCGGCGGGGUGACAUGAAGCUCAAGUGCCUGGCCACCAUCGCGACCGUCUACUGGAGGAGCAACGAGGAGAGCGUCGAGAGCGACCGCCUCCAGAAGGCGCCCGUGCUGGAGAGCAGGGCUACCGUGCAGACCAGCAACUCCAGAGCCGACAAGGUUCAAGCCAUAGGCGCCAGCCCGGCAGUGCGGCCUCCGAACCUACAGCUGCUGGUGGCACUGUGUCUGGCGACGUCGACGCUGGCGGUAGGCACUGGAGCCUCCAGCAGGUAGCGGCCUUCCGCCUCCGGCGAGGCCUCCAGAAGGCGCUGCGCUGCCGCCCCCCGCCCCUGAGGCGGCCGAGCCCGACGUCCGCGGCUGAGCGGCGAAGCGACUGCGGCGGCGGCGGCGGCGGAGGUGUCGUCGCGGGAACUCCAUAGACGGAGACGCGCAAAAGCGGAACAGUCCCACUUUGAUUUUCCUUUCUGUACGUAAACACUGGACCCUACUUUGCACCGGUAUUACAAAGAUGACGCAAAUGGAGGUUGCGACGGGUUUCACACGACGAGUAAUGCGUACUUACCAAUGUCCACUUGGCUCUGUUCGAAAUCAGAAGGAACGUGACUCAAAGGAAAUUUACCACUGCUCCUAGUCGUUUCAAAUAAUUGCUGUGAAAGUGUUUAACGAGAAGGACAGAAAAACACAAUACGGCAUCUACUAACACAUCCUGACGACAGAAAAGCGUUAAUUAACUCAAAACCAAUACCAAAGUUUCUACGAGUCAAUGAACAGAUUUUAAAUAGAAUCAAAGAUUUAGUUUGUCGGUAAUAAUACUGUACUAGCCAUUUCUUCAGUCACCCAAAAAAAUGGAAUUGUAAAUUGUAAACCGACAAAAAAAGGUGUGAAGAUCCUACAAUUAAUCGCUGAAGAAAUAAAUGCAUGACUUCGCAAACAGACCAAAGAAAAAGUGUAUCUUUCAAGACUGGUCAAAAAGUUUACUAGCCACAGAAUAUUCAAUUCCAGGUCGCUUAUAAAGAUGGUGAUAUUUAUAUGCCAAAGCAAUUGAUUUUGGAGACCAGAAAUCCUCUGGAAGGUAUCCAUUUCUAGCGCUGCCUCGUAAAUAUUUUUGCUUGUGAAGUAAUUCGCAAUUAUAGCCUGAAGUAAGGUUUCUGUUAGAGUAUCGUUUACUUGACAGGUUAAUGAUACACGAAUGGUGGUCACUGUGAACAUUUUCCCGAGAUGGACAGCUUCAUUUCUGUUUCAAUCGAGUGUUUGGCGCGCAAAGGACGCUGAUAAAAAGUUUCUGAGAACUGUAAUGUAAAUAAAUUUAAAUUUCUAAUAUAUUUAGUUAAUUCGUGAGAUUGUUCCACUAGUCAUUUAUCAGAUAUUGUGAUUAUAUGCAUAUAUUCGAAUGCACAAACUAUUUUAUUUGUUCACCUGUUUGAUGUUACUAAUUCCCUUAGUUCUUAUUAUUUAAGUCCCUUUUCGACAACUAUUACUUCCUACAUUGUGAUAUUACGAUAAAAUAUAUAAAUAUAUAUAUAAAUGUAGACAAUGGUGUGACUUUAAAGAAAGGGAGCUGUAAUAAAAUUGAAAGCAACAAUGCGGUCCACCUUUCUUGCAGCGAUAUAGUCCUCAAAUGGUGUGUCUUGGAAAUUUAAAUUUCUGAGGAAGCACUCAUUUCUCUUGAGUUUUUCGGCAUCAGGUAAGGUGCAAAGGUAGAACUUCUAAGUAAUAAUAAACUUAUGAUAAGUUGUAUUUUCUGCCUGGUACAUUGUUUUGUUACCACAUAUAAAGUGUACCUAAAAAGUU